UCUAUCUGUCAGCACAAAUAAUUUAUUAACUGCAAAAUGAUAUAUUAUUUACUAGUCACCAGCCAAAGGUUAGGGACCAGCAACAUACAUUCUGGGUGUUUAAUACCCUGUAUGUUUAUUCUUCUGUUUCCCCACAGUUGAUCGGAUGAUCUGGUUCCUCCAGCCUCUGUCCAAACUGACUUAUCCUGCCCCUUGCCAUCAACCCACUUCAAAGUCCCUGACCAUCCCUGCCCACUUGUCUCACCUGCCCGUCCCACAGACCCUUCGCCCCAGCACUGUCCCUUCUGUGUCCCUCACUAUCGCUGGUCAGUACAUCGUGGACGACACUGACUUUGUUGAAGUAGAUCUCGUGGAUGAGGAGAUCAUCCAGCCAACCCACUCCUUCCUGAAGGCCUUGCUAUCCAGGGUGGCCAACUUCUUCAGAAGAGUCAAGAGUGUGUUUAAGAAGAAGGAUGAUUAGGCAGUGAACUCUGAACACAUAUGUAUAUACUUAUAUACAAAACAUUUAUGAAUCAUUUUAGGACUUUUGAGGCAUUUGUUACAAUAUUUGGGAAAUACAUAAAAUCUAUCUCUGUUUGUUUUUGGCUAUAUACUUUAUGUUAAUGAAAUACAUUAUUUGUUACAACAUUUUGUUUUGUUUUGAUUGG